CUGGACCAUAGGUUUGGAACGCAGCCCUAAGAGAAGUACAGUAAACAAUCGAUUUAUUUCGGCUUGUCUGUAUAAAUUAAACAAAAACAUUCAAUAAUGCAGAAAUAUGAAAAGCUUGAGAAAAUCGGCGAAGGUACCUACGGAACUGUUUUCAAGGCGAAAAACAAAGAAACUCACGAAAUAGUUGCCUUAAAGCGUGUGAGGUUAGACGACGAUGAUGAAGGUGUACCAUCUUCCGCAUUACGCGAGAUUUGUUUACUUAAAGAGCUAAAGCAUAAGAAUAUCGUUCGACUCUACGAUGUGCUACAUAGUGAAAAAAAGUUGACAUUGGUGUUUGAACAUUGCGACCAGGACUUGAAGAAAUAUUUCGACAGUCUCAAUGGAGAGAUAGAUUUGGAUGUAGUAAAGUCUUUUAUGUACCAACUACUUCGGGGACUCGCCUUCUGCCAUAGUCACAACGUUCUUCAUCGUGAUUUAAAGCCGCAGAAUUUGCUAAUUAAUAAAAACGGAGAACUGAAAUUAGCAGAUUUUGGUUUGGCUAGAGCUUUCGGUAUUCCUGUGAAAUGCUACUCGGCGGAAGUGGUGACACUUUGGUAUCGGCCACCAGACGUUCUGUUUGGUGCUAAACUCUAUACAACAAGCAUUGACAUGUGGUCUGCAGGCUGCAUAUUUGCUGAGCUGGCAAACUCUGGCAGGCCUUUAUUCCCAGGAUCUGAUGUUGAUGAUCAAUUGAAAAGAAUUUUUAAAUUAUUAGGCACACCAAAUGAAGACACCUGGCCAGGAGUGACCCAAUUGCCUGACUACAAGCCACUACCAGUGUAUCAACCUAGCUUGGGCCUUGCUCAAGUUGUGCCCCGAUUGCCGGCCCGAGGCAGAGAUCUGCUAGCCCGCCUCCUCACUUGCAAUCCAGCCCUACGAAUGCCAGCUGAUGAUGCUAUGGCACAUGCUUACUUCCAUGACCUUAAUCCAUCAGUAAAGAAUGAUCGAUGUUAACAAUCAAUACACCCUUACAAAUGUACCUCUGAACUUAUAUUUUGUGAUAAGAACACUGCAGAGAUACAAGAGUGUUGUGAUGAAGAGACAUUAACAUAAAAAAAGACAAUUAAAACAAACCAGUAUUUGUAAGCUAUUUAAUAUGUGGUAAAAUAAUGAAUUUCUAAAACUAGAACAUUUUAUAGAAUUUAUUUGCUCAUAAAUGAUCUCAGUAUUUAAGUCUAGUGCUAUGUUCAAAACUACCGAAUCACUUAUUAAAAUUAAAUUGUAUAAAUAUCAGUUUAUAUAUACAAAUCAAUUGUGGACUUGUAGUUAUAAGGUUUAGCCAUUAUUCUCUAAAUGUAUGUUUUAUAAAAUAAAUGUAUAGUUAGUAUAAUAAAUGACAAUUUGUGGGAUUGCAUAUUAUAUUGUUUUAAAUAUUCUCUGCUGCCUCUUUUAAUUGGGCACUGAUGUCACUGACAAUUUCACUUAUUUUUUCAGAAGUUUCUUUUAUACUGGAAGAGAUUGAAGAUGUAUAUGAAGAUGAUGAUUGCGCUACUGAUAUUGUCUCACUUAGCAUAUUUUUUACAUUAUAGUGUUCUGAUACAGAUGCAUUUCCACUAGCAGUACAAUCAAUUAUCUCUGACAUAGUGUUACCAGCUUUUUUAUCAAUUAUAUCACAUUUUUCUUUUGUUUUUUGUUCCAUUACAGUAGCUUUUUGACUUGUUUCAUUCACUACUUUGGUAAUGUUUUCUGUAUUUUUACAAAACUCAUUAGCUACAUCUUGUUUUGAUUGUAGAGGGCACUUUUCAAUGGCUGGAAGUGCAGAUUCUCCUAAAAGUUCAGGCUUCAAUAAACGGCAAUGGUCUUCUUUUAACACUAGUGCAGUCAUUCUUUUAUCUGCUUCGGUGUUGCCUGUUUUAGUUUCUGGAGCUUGAAUGUUUUUCACAGCUGACUGAUUUGGUUUAACUGAUGUAAUGGCUUCAGUUCUGUUAAAUUCCUUAUUUGUAUAUGUUGAACUUAUUUUUAUAGGAACAAUAACUUCUUUGCAACUCUGUUCCUUAUUCUUAUUUGCAGUGAUAAUAAGAACGCCAUCAGAAGACAGAGAUGAAACCACACUCUCUGCACUAUACUCUUUCGGUAAGAGAUAUCUCCUUUUGAAUGUUCUUGAUAUGAAGCCAUGGUUAUCUCUCCUCUCUUCAUGGCUGCCUUCGAUUAUAACUUCAUUUCCAGACACUUUUACGUUUAUUUCGUUUGCUGUGAAAUAUUGUACAUCCAAACAUAUUUUAAAUUUAUCCUUUUCAUUGAGGACUGCUGAUCCAAAAUCUGUAGGCUUUUGUACAUACCAUUUCCAAGGUCUAUAAUAGUUGAUAUUGGGCUUGUUGUAAUAAGGAUAUAUUAAAUCUUCAGGGCUAAUGCACAAACCAAAACUUUGUUCUAAUAAAUUUUGUGGAUAAAAUCUAGCUGGAUCCAUUUUCACCACACGCGAUACUUAACAGAU